UGGGGGUGUGACGAGUGUCUGCCGGUGUUCAUCGUCCAACAGCUGGUAGCCGUCGCUUCGCUUUCGCGUCGCCGCACAGACCGCGAGUACAACAGGUCCCAUCCCCAACCCGAGGAGGCAAGGCGCAAGAACUCAGGUGAGGAGAGAGCAGAGCAGAGCACGAUUGCCCGAGGAGCAAUGGCGCCGAAGCGGGGGCGGGCGAGGAAGGGAGACCGGCGGAUAGACGCCGCCAUCGACCACUUCGCCCCCAUGGGGUACACGGCGCGCCAAGUCCGCACCGCCGUCAAUGCCCUCCUCAAGGAGUACCUGGGCGCUGCUGCGUGGCCCUUCCUCGAGGAUUCCUCCUACCUCGUCGUCCAGGAAAAGCUCCUGGAGAUGGAGGACGAGGAGAAGAAGGCGCCGCCGACGCUGGAGCAGGAGAUCCAGGAGGAGGAGCAGCCGGAGCAGGAACAGCCUCAGCAACAAGAAUCUGCAGUGGAUGAGGUCCGACCACAAAGUAACAGGUCAAUUUUAGAAGGGCACAGUGCGGUCCCAGCUGGGAUUGAGCUAUCAGAUGAGGAAGUGGAAGAUCCUAUGCUCAUUGAACCACAUGCUAUAAGGAGUGGUAGUGAAACAAGGCGUCCUUGUCAUGGAUGGCUAACUGAGUCAGAAGAUGAGGAAGAACAAACUAGUGAGCAACAUGAGUUGCAUCUUCCAGAAUCCAGGAGGAGGCUCGAUUUGCAAAAGAAAGUGGCUUGAGUAGAUGGAUGUGAAACCCCAUCAACAGGUAAUGCUUCCAAACUUUGAUUUUCCUUACUUUAUUUGUCUGCAAUUAACUUUGGGGUUUUCAAAUAUGGGUGUUCAGGUUGUCAGUAGUAACACAUCUAUUCAGAAAAUAGGACUAAAGUGAGGUUUGAGGGAUGCAACUAGGCCUAGGUUGAAGAAAACUGGAACCUGGUGGAUCCUGAUGUGCAGGCCUGGCCAGUUCUCAUUCUGCACCCUGGUUCAUUCAGUCUGGUACCCAGUUCACUGUCGUUAGAUUCUUCAGAUUGUAGCUGGCAAGUGUUUGGAUAAUUUUAUCGGACUUUUGCUUUUGUGCUUUAUUAAAAAAUAUGUUUGCCACAGUAUUUGGAAUGUUGCUAUCAAGGAUUGUAAUGUUUUGCAUUGAACUAGGAGUAACCUUAAAAAAAAAGCUUAGCUGCAAUGGAAUUAGGUACAAAGUCUUCAGUUUACAACCUUAUGUACUGCAUGAGGUUGGAUACUCUAUGUGGUGCAGGCCAGAACAGUGAAGAGGUUGGGUUGCUAGCCAACGAUUUGCCCAUGGAGAUACCUUAUCUGUUGCAGAUGGACGGAUAACUUGAUAUGGUGCCCAUAAUGUAGACAAUCCAUAUGUUUUUGGUUUAGGCUAAUCCUUAGGAUCUAAAGCAUUAUUAUGAACUACCUUAUGAGUAUUUGCUGCUUAAUCUAACCUCUAAUUGUCUGUUCCCUGAUUUUGACAGAAAGGCUGAUACCAAGCUGUGAUGCUCUGCAACUUGGGUUAGGUAGCGUGAAAAUUAACUUCCAUUAGUAUUUGUACAUAGCAGUAAGUAUGAUGUAGAGCAAACAACCUAAAAGUGGUGCUCUUUGGGUCUUUUGCUUCAAGAAUAUGCAAGGGGACCAUGUGAUGCUACCUCGUUUAAGUGUUAACUUCAUAUACUGCAGUAAUGUUUAAUUUAGGUGUUGGUAAAUUAGAAUGUUAGGAAAAUGUCAGAAUCAAUCAAGUGUUUUGGGGAUAUUGGUGUUGACUUGAGUACUGAUAUUCUGAACCUGCUAACUGAAGGGAAGUUUUUCCUUU